AUGCUUUACCACAGUACGCUACUCGGAGCACUGGCUUCUUUUGCCGUUGCCGUCGACCUGACUACAUUGUACAACGGAGGCUACAGUUCUGCUACCGAUGUGAAGCUUCGCAUUGGGAACGGCGUACUCGCGAAUACUUCCAUCAACUCGAGCGUGGGAAAUGGUACCGCACCAUUCAGGGUCGCCUGGUACAAGAGUGACACAAUCGAGUCCAUCCAUUACCUUAAAGACGACACCGUGGACAUGGGCAUUACCAUUACCUACAAUCCUACUGCAGAGUCGCUUGCUAUCCAACGGGGCGUGGUCAAGGCCCCUGCCUGA